CGACAACGCUAUUAGGUCUACCUGGUAGCCCAAGCUUCACAGCGGUGGCAAUGAGCGUCUCGAAAGGGAACGAAGAAGAGGGUGGGAGCUGAGGAAGUGAUGUGGAUCUGGCUUCUGCUCGCUGUUUUGCCAUCGACGCGAGCGGAUGCAGAAUAUUGGCUUUCAGCUCCAGUCGUGCAUAUUCUACUUUCUGGGGACACUGAAGUGCUGUACGGCAUCCCAUCCUCUGGCCCGGAUCUCAGGUUACAGUUGGUACGAAUCGGUACUGAUGGAGAAAAGCUAGUAGCAAAGCGAGAUGUACCACGGAGAAUCUCAAAAGGCAAAAUCAUUUUUCCAUGUGGGAUAUUUGAAAGAGCGGGCCAAUUUAUUUUUAAGCUCAUCACUGUAAAGGAGAACAAAGUUUUAGCUCAGACUGAAAAUCUUGAUGUUCGGUGGCCAGAAGUAACGGUUCAUGUACCUUUGAUGGUCGAAACAUACAGUUCUGAUGUCUUAGUUCAACUUUUUGUUGAAGAGCUGCGAUGCAAACCCCGCUCUAGUUAUUCCGUAUAUAUGGAUCUAGUUUAUGAAGGAGCAGCUUUUACUGCCUGGAAUGAACCAACAACACUUACGAGCAAGGAAUUGGUUGGGUGGAUAUGGGACCCUUCGUUUGAUGCCAUUUUGGAAUGUGAAUUCUUCGAUAAAGCUGGAAAUUACACAGUUCGAAUACGUACGGGCUAUCAAAAUGCACCAGAAGUGGCUGUCAGUGAUACCAUACUUGUUAUGUGGAGUCAUAGGUAUUCAGUGAGCGUAGCUAAAAGUUCGGUACAACCAUGUCAUGGAAGUUUAUCUGUUAUAUACCAUUAUCCAAGAUGCAUUUUGGACCAGGACAGAAUUCGCGUGUAUGGCAAAGCUUUGCGUGGUCCUUUGAAGUACAUUAGAGAGAGCCGGAUCGAAAGUGGGAAACAUGCCACCAAACUUUCAUGUGAUAUAUUUGAUGACGAGUUUCACGAAUACUGUUUCAGCUUUGUCAGCACAGCUCGGAAUGGGGCAGUAUACGACUUGAAAACUCAUUGCCUUCCUACCCUUACAGAUAACAAAGGUCUUAUUGCAACGUGGAAUGACUGGGGUCCUUGGAGUGAAUGCUCUUCAUCUUGUGGAAAUGGGGUUCAGACUCGUUAUCGAUUUUGCGUAUCUCCAACAAAUAGCUCAACAUGCAAUGGGAAAGCAGUACAGUCUCAGUCGUGCAAAAAGGAAUUAUGUCCAGAUGAUUCUCCGACAACUACUCAGGAGCCUUUUCUACUACAAUGCUCUUGUGGAUGUGAUAAGAACAUAACAGAAAAACUUUUAUUCAAGUUACUGGUAUCUCACUGUGAGACGGAAGUAAUAUGGAUCAUACAAGCCUGGCCGUCAGGACACAUAACUGUUGACAUUGUGAAUCUCGUAUUUCCGUCCCCAGAUUAUUGGUUGACCAUUCGUGACGGCAGAUCUCCUCUGGGAACUGUGCUGGCCAUCGUGAGACCAUUUACAUCUCGUUAUCCUAUUCAUUCUUUAACAGAUACUUUGAGACUGGAAGUUCAUUAUAUUAAUUCUUCUACACUGCAGGAUAUAGAAAUCGUAUGUCUAGCUACCAGAUCAGAGCGUCCGAGGGAAAGCCUUGCUAUGGUUCAACAAAAUAUGAAUACCCUUUCAUUUAGCAAUCUAUCUGCCGUCCAUGUGACCAUCAUAAUGCUAGCUACUAUCAUCUGCUCUACUAUUGCCUUGUUGAUCAUAUUCCAUUUUUGGCGACAGUACAAAGUGAAAUCCGUGACAGAAAGCUCUCGAAAUCUAAGCUGCCCAGAGCUUCAAACUUCCACUUCAGAGUUGUCCAUAAAGUCUCCGUCCGCUAGUCCUGAAGACUAUCUUUAUAAUAGCUUUAUUUUCCGUUCAUCUACAUCCCUCCAGCCGAAGCUCAAAUGGGAUAAAUUACCUGCAAAAGUCGAACAUACGGAUACCUCAUCACCAGUGAGGCGGAGAGGUCGUCCUACAAAUAAGAGUAAUCAACGUGAAAGUGCAACUCCUUUAACUGCGUCUGUGUCUGAACUGUCUACUACUGGCUCAGAAGAUGGCCUCGAGUAUGAUUAUUAUGAUUAUGGUUGCCACCAAGAGCCAGGAUCGUUUUUUUGCCCUGAUCCUGUACUCCUGGGAUGGCCUCCCUUUAUACCUUUACCACCUCAAGGCAUGGAAGAAUUUGGUGAUUAUCCUUUGCAGCAGUUUACACCAUCUCCAGAUCAUUCGUAAGUUGAUUGUAAAUAUGAAAGAAAGAAUGUGCGAUCUUUUUACAAAGCUCGUUGGAUCUACUUUAGAUACCAAAUUAAGAGAGAACAGAGAAUUUUAAUCUAGUCAAUAUAUAGUUAGGGAUCAGAUGACAUAUCAUGCGUUAAUGUCAUAAAGAUUACAAAAAUGUUUGUUUCUCAUUCUUGUUUUAGUUAUUGACACGUAACUGAACACCUUUUUGUGAUAUUUUUUUUUUGUAUAUCAGAUUUUUAUAUUCAUUUAUUUUAUAUUAAAAUAUUUAAUUUGUUUAAUGAUUCAUGGAUACAUUUGCAUUAUCAAAGCCUAAUUAUGAUGUUAAAAGACUCUAAAAUUUGCUAUUUUAUGUAUUUUCCUUAAAAUUAGCCUGCAUUAAGAGUAGUUGUUUUACUUUAUCAUGCUUUGAACUUAAUAUAUUUUGUGAACAUAUCAACCUCAAAACUGUAUUAUCAGUGCAUAUAAUACAGUCAUCUAUUUUUGUUGCAAUAUUUACUAUUUUAUUGGAAAUCUACUAUCCUGUCCGAUGUCAAAUUUCAAGC